AUGUUGGUCAGCUUCGACGCUGUGGCCGUGGACUUGCCCAGCCUGCCAGACGAGGCAUCCUCAGCGGCGAGUCCUGCAUGGCACCACAUGACCCGAGAUGUGGGCAUGCUGGGGUACCACAUGGAGGGAACGGAUGGAUGGAAGCUCUUCGGCAUCACGAAGUACGAGGGGCUGGACCCUGGUCGCGCUACCAUUCACCGCCCGGCCGAUCUUCUCCAGGAUUUGGAGCAGGACGCGAAGCGGGAGUGGCUCCACAAGGGGGACAUCGCGCUUCAACAAUGCAUUGGCGAGCUGAAGAACGUGAUGCGGGAGAGGAAGGACAUGCUCAGUACCAAGGACCGCCUUCCGUGCUGGGUCGAGGCGGACGCGGCAGUCCUCGAACACCUCAUGAAGGAGAUCUCCCGCGGUAGCUCCUGCAUGCUCAAAUUGUCCAACGUGCUGCGCUCGGUGGACCCCGUCCUCCAGGGCCACUCCCUGGUCACGAUGCUGGAAGCGCGGGAGUUCGUCGACAAGCUUAUCCAGGGGGGCGAGCAUACGGAUGAUGCGCUGCAGCGCUUGGAAGGUCGUGGUGUGGUCACGUGGUGCCCUACGGGUCGUGAGGACAUCGGCCGGAUUUGCGCGGGUAUCGCCAAGGCGGCGAUGGCAGGACGCUCGGCGCAGGUAUCGCUGGUCAUACCGUUGGACCCGCGCCUUGGCUGCCACUCCAUUCGCCAAUUCUGCGACACCUGGUCCCAUGAGCUCUUACAGGGCAAAUGGGCACCGUUUAUCCGGCACGUCCAGCUCAGCCACGAGCCCAUGAAGAUUGUGGUUACAGGGCUGCACGCCCCCAUGCAUCAGGUCAAGAGCCUCUGCAUGGUCACGCUCAUAGCAAUUCCGGGCGCCGACAGCAACCUGGUGAUCGUGGACGUUGCUGCGGAGGACGAGGUAGAUUUUCUCAUCAAAACCGGGCAGGUUUCCCAAUAUGUUAUCACCUCAUGGAAUGGCCCCACCAAGGCAGCCAGUUCCACCCCCGACUCCAAGAGGAUCAUCUACACUGGCCGCUUGGGGGUAUCAGGGAAUUGGGCUCCCAGAGUUCCGUUAGUAGCGCUGAAGGAGACCUUCCUCGGAAUCGACAUGGUCUUGGGCCUGCGCUCCACGCGCAGCAACCCAGACACCAUCCUCGUCGACAUCUCUGGCCUGGCCGCUGCUAUCAAAGUCCAUGAGUUGAUCGAGGGUGCCGCGUUAGUACCUCCACGUCUAUUGGUGGCGAGGUCUACGGCUUCGGAGGUGCAGUGGGGACCAACCGCCUAUGAUUUCUACCACACGGAUGCGGGUGCCUACGUGGAGAAGGCCCGCUUCCUGGCGGAGCCCCCCGUGCUGGACGAGCAGAAAGACGCGAAACGCAUCCGAGCCAGGGGCAGCGACGGUAAAGAACUGGACAUGAUCAUCCGGGUGUCCGGGGAGUUCGUGGGCGCCCGACUCCUGGAGGUGCCGAGUUUCGUAUCCAUGACGAGUACCGCCACCGGCCUCCCUCUAUCACCAUCGGCUUCGGAGACAUCGACGGUGCCAUACCAGUGGAAGCCCAUGGUGGACGCUCGGAGGGGUUGGCAGGGCCACGCAUUGCUCCAUGUGCGCACGACUGAGGAGGUACUCUUGACAUUCGAGCGGCUGGAAGGUAAGACGACCGACCUCGCGGCUGGCGGGCGCAUGGCCAUUGAGGUCAUUCCCACGUCGCGGGGGUCGAGAGCAUUCGAGCGGGCCGCGGGCAUCAGGCGGGCCGCUGAUAUGCACGAUCGCACGCCGGGCAUGUUGAAUUAG